CAAACAAACAAACAAACAAACAAGCAAGCAAGCAAACAAGCAAGCAAGCAAACACACACACACACACCACACAGAGAGAGCACGGGCAUUUUCCCUAGGCGAUUGUAGCCGCUGCAGUGCGCGAGGAGGGACGGCGAGCGUCUGCCUGCCAGCAGCGCGUGUGUCGGCGCCCGCGCUCGCGGGUAUCGCGCGCGUGCGGACUGCCGCGCUGCGACGUAGAAAGCGGAUGCCAGCGGAGCGGCACGCCAUCCAAAAGUCCCCGGCCGUAUCCUCCCCAGCCCCCGAGCCUAUGGCCACCGAGCGGCAGGGCGCCAGAAGCGGGGGCGGGAGCGCGCCGCGGCCGCGCCCCAGCUCGCGGCUGGGCUUGGAGGUUCAGAGGCAGACAAGCGAGCGCCACGACUCACAAAGUACUUGCUCGCAAGUGGCCUGAGUCCACUGCAUCGCGGCGAACGAGCGACACUGCAGCGAACAACAUUGGUCUUGUUGGACGUUUGCGAGCAGCGAUGCGGGGUCGAUGCAUCCCCUCGAGCGGCGCCCCUGAGGAUUUCGGGAGGCAGGAGGCGUGGACGAGUGGAGGUGGGCAGCGGGGAGCUCUCAGGAGGCAGGGGGGCGGCCAGCCAGCCCAGGCCUCCGGCCAGCCAGCCCAGCCCCCCACACUUCUGGAGCUGGACGGCCAGGACACUUUCGCUGCUGCCGCCCAGGACGAGACUCAGAACGUGUGUGUGUUAUUGACGCCCACGUGUGCUCGUCCACCGAGGCCUGUCAAAACGACGCAGGCCGCGCACUGAGGAACCGAAACUGGCGGCGCACUAUCGGCGGAGCCGAGCGGGGCAAGCACAUAUUAUAUUGGCUAUCAACACGUCCCGAAGGUCAUCGAACUUCCCCGCCACCGUGGCGGCCAGGGAAGGUCCGAACUUUGGGCCGCGGGCCGCACGAGCUCGGGCCUGCCUGGGCCAGGCAGCGCCCGCUCGGCCCAGGCGAGCGCGCGCCUCCGGCGCCCCUGCCUGCUGACGCCCCUCACCAGGACGGGUCUCCGGUGCCGUCCCAGCGGGCGGUGCUCGACAGAGACCAGCCCGUCGUCGAUGCCCCUGACCUUGCGAGGCCAGCAACUCCGUCACUUCGAGCACUUCCCGGAGAAACUGGUGGACCAUGUGGACCAGCACCU